GCGGAGCUCAGCCCUGAGAGAGAGACACCCAGCCGGACACACAGCCGAGAUAAAGCUUCAGCUCUCCUGAGAGAGAGACACCCAGCCGGGAAAGCUCACGAUCCACCUUCACACCAGUCCAUGACCUUCAUCUCUGAGGAAGAAAGCGUGUUCUCUGCUGGACGUAGUGCCGGAAUAUCGGGCAGAACUGUCCCUCAAAAAGGAGACCUGCACCUUUUACUCUACCUUCUUACUACCAGGUCGUCUACAGAAUGGACUUUAAGAAGAACAAACCGGACAUCAGGCAUUAUUGUCAGCCUCUGAGGCAACAGCAAACGAUGAAGGAAGAAGAAGAAGAGCAAGACGUAGGAAAGGACACCACACAGCUGAAACCUGAGAAGAGAAGACAUGUUUUCAGGUUCCGCAUUCAAUUUAAAAAAUAUGAAGUGACCUGUGAUGCGUCUAUGACCGUGUUGGAGGCGCUGCUCUCAAACAAAAACUUUAAAGGCGAUUAUAAAAAGAAUGAGGAAAAGGAGAUGGUCAUCCAGAGAGAGAAAGUACCAAGAGGUGCUAUCUCCACAGACUUCCCCUGCUGCCUGAUCAAUGAUGAUGAGCUUCUGGACAUACAAUUCAUCAAAUCGAGUGGAAGCAGCAGUUUAGAGAGUAAACCAGUCCCCUGUUCACUGAUGAACAGCACUGAAAAUUUCAUUGUGUUUAACAUCAAAACAACAGGUGGCCACACUGUCAAAAGGCUGAUGAAGAACCAGGCACUGAAGCAGAAGGUGGAUGAUGUUUGUGUUUAUGCAUUAAAAGGAGAAACAGUGAAGAAGGCUCUUCGGCGUGAUGGGCGAUUUAACAGGGUGAUUUUUCGCAAACACUGUGGACUCUAUGAGCUGGGGUCUGAGAUCAUCACUGAUAUGUCCAACACUGUUGACCAUCUGGAUGGAAAGCAUUUCAGAGUCAUUGUUAUUGACAACCAGCCAGCCAGCCAGGAGUCCAGCCAGGAGUUUGAUACGAUGAAGAAUGAAUCUGGUGAAAAUAUCCCCAGUACUUCCACGCCUGGCAAUCUCAGCCAGGACUCCGCUAACCCUCAACAGCAGAAUCACCAGCCCACCGAGAAAGAAAAGGACAAGAAAACAUAUCCGAAAAGAAUCCAGGUUAAUAAAAUCCCAAACACAGAGGAGAUCCUGAAGCUACUGCGGGAUCAGUUUGAAGGUUUGCAGAAGCAGCUGAAGGAGCGAGAGAGUCUCACUAAGCCUGCUGAGGUGCAGGAGUUCUUCAGAGAAGAGUUUGAUAAAAGUGCUCAGAGCUUCUCGGAGGUGAAGAGAGUGAGACAGUUGAUGAAGCUCUCCGAUUCUGUCUGUCAGAUCCGUGUGGAGGGGUUUGGAAAUGGAACUGGAUUUCUGCUGUUUGACAGGUUCAUCCUCACUAACGCACAUGUUAUCGGAAACUUUGACCCGUUCACACAGAGGCUGCACCGCCCCAUCUCUGCUGUGUUCGACUUUGAGGAUUUGGACAUGGGGAACAAACUCUCACUGAAGGAGAACCUUGUUGCCUAUUUUUAUGGUAAGAACGACAAGGGGCAGCAUCUGGACUUCGCUCUGCUGGAACUCAGUGAUGAUGCAAAACUUCCUUAUUGUCCUGAAUUGCUUAGCAGGUACAGUCCUCCUCCCACUAGAGGUGGGAUCUGCAUAGUGGGGCACCCUGAUGGAGGGGUCAAGAGAAUGGACCCCUGUUUCAUCAUUGAAAAAGAUGAAGUUCCAAAUGCAGCAGACGAGCACCAGGCUAAGAACAGCGACUUCUUACACGUCAUAACACAGCAGUGUUUGGCAGAGAAAUGGGAAAACCAUUAUUCCCAGAUCAGUUAUGAUUCCUGUUUCUUUCAUGGAUCCUCCGGCUCACCGGUCUUUAAUGAUCACUGCGAGCUGAUUGGUGUCCACACUGGUGGCUACGUUUACAAAGGAAAAGGAGGGAAAACCAGAAGUGUGAUGGAAUACGCUUUUCCCAUGCUUCCCAUCCUGGUGUGCAUCGUCAGACAGUGCUGGCAGAAAGGCAGAUCUGAUAUUCUUCAGUACUUUGAGGAUCAAAACAACAUGAAAUACGUGCUUCAGGUGGCAAAUGAGCAGUGAAAUCAGCAGCGUACAAGCGCCCUUCGAAACAUCAACUCUUUCAUUUCUCACUACCAAAUAUAUACAGAACAUCAGGAGGGACUGUGGCUUCUGUUUUCCAUUUGUCAGGUUAAUCACUUUCACACACAUUUGUUUUAAACAAAUUUUUAUUUGUGGUAGCCCAGCACUACAGCAGCAGACACAAACCCCCCAAAAAUCAGCAAGGCUGGACUGCACUGCACACUCCUGAAGGCUAUUCGUAAUGAAUGUUGGAGGUGGACAUUCUCUUUUUUGUUGUUUUGUUCAGAGUGAAAGGAAUGGGUAACGAUCCUGAGGGUCUUCACCAGGUAGUCAUUAAGGUUGAGUCAAAAUGUCUGGCUGAACCAACUCAUACAUCAUGUAUCAAACGACAUAUCCAAGUGCAAAUCCAACACUGAUGAGACUGUGAGGGAGUGGAUCUGUGACCAUGACCAUAAGGACCAUGAGGACAAUUCAUCAAGACCAAGCUCCACAUUUCACCAGAGCAGCUGGUCAGGAAGUGUCGCAGGAGCUUCACCCCACCAUCAUUUUCAAUCCUCAAGCAGUGUGGAUCGCAUUUAUUAAGCCAUCAAAGAAACGUAGUCAGAAAUUGCCAAAAAAGGUGCACCUUGUCUUAUCAGGCUAUCAGCAGCUCUAUGCAGCAUAAAAGCCACCCAAAGACACUGGACUGAGCACAAACGUACAAGACUCUACUCAGUUGACCUUCACUUUCUGUUCUACAUGACGAAAAAUCACAAAAAGACCUGCAGACAAAAACUUUCCUCCAGCAUGAUUCUCAGAGAAUGGCUAAACAUCCCUGCAUCGUGUGGCUGUUUGGGGGGAGGAACAUUGCUGUAACCCUGCCUUCUUCAAAACUAACGCCCUAUAAAGUCACGUCCUCACCUUCUGCUUUCAUGAUGAACUGUCUGCAAUCCCGACCUCCACUCCAUCAUCCCCCAGUCCCUCAGUCCUACAUCAGUCCUACUACAGCUAUGAGGAGGCCCAGUCUUCUAUCUACAGGCAGAAGCUGCCUAGAACUCCAGCGGAAGUUCUCAGAGUUCUACCUCCCUCAACCAGUCUUCCCUCAUACUACCACCGCCAUGUUGAGGGCAUGAUUUGAACUCAAAGUAUAAUUAGUUCAGUCUGCUCUUGCAGAAAUGUUAUGGCCAAUGCACAUUGGACACGCCACAGUGCAGCAUCACAUUAUGUCACGUGACUAUUACAGAAACUAUUACUAUGACCGGUGACUCUACAUGUUUGAACGGUAGAGAAGGUUCAUUAAUUGGGACGUUAGUCAGUUUUACGCCUUUCAGAAGCAGUGCUGAUUUUUCUGGGUUCAGUAGAUUUAAAGUGCUGAACAGUGAGGGAGGGAUAUCUUCACUGAAGGUGAACUGAGUGUGCUGUCAUUCCUGGUGAAGUGUGAGAUGUAGAGAUGUCGUAUUCCAGGAUCAGGUCCUCCAUUCCACCACACAGACUACCUCCAGUAUCAGUCACUAAACUACGGGCUGGACACCAAAGAUCAGGCCUGGGGUGUGUUUAAUUACGCUCGCUCACAUGUGUUUGUAGCUGCAGUGAUCGCUGACCACUAUCAAAUCACUGUUUAUCAAUAAUCAUUUACUAUUUACUGUACUUUGACUUCUUUCCCUUUUGCUCAUUACUGUAACUCUUCAGUUUCCUUCUUUAUUUGCAUGUUUGAUUAAUUAUCAUAGAAUAACUGGUGAAGGGAAAUUCAGCCUGAUCAAUCACCUCUUUAAUCGCUUCAAUCAUGAUUGAGUCUUCUAUCCACGGGAAUACAGUCAUUUUAUUAAUCAUCUUUAUAUUAAUCAGUGUCCUGUCAGUUUUCCCUGUUAUUGAUUUACCUUCUGGCUGGAAUAUAAACUUUAAUAAAACUAUUAUAUCUGCAA